AUGUCCGUUUUGCGAACACUGGCACUGCUGGCCAUCGGUGCCACCGUGGUGUUGGCCCAGCGACGACUCGCCCUGCCCGACCCUAGGAGUUGUGCAAACCGCGUACGACACGCGACCUACCGGGAUGCCCGCGGCGUAGCACAUUCGUACUUCUUCAGUUGGGAGCACACUCCGACGCGCAACCUAGAGGUGGACUGGCUCGAUGCCCGUAACAUUUGCCGUCGCCACUGCAUGGAUGCCGUCUCGAUGGAGACCCCGCAGGAGAACGAAUUCAUCAAGCAGCGCAUCGCCCGCGGAAACGUGCGCUACAUCUGGACGUCCGGCCGCAAAUGCAACUUUGCUGGCUGUGACCGCCCGGAUCUGCAGCCACCGAACGAGAACGGCUGGUUCUGGUCCGGUUCGGGAGUCAAGAUUGGCCCGACUACUCAGCGCAACACCGGCGAUUGGAGCUACACCGGAGGAUACGGCCAGGCCCAACCGGACAACCGUGAAGCGGCCCAGGGUAACGACGAAUCCUGCCUGUCAAUCUUGAACAACUUUUACAAUGAUGGUCUGAAAUGGCACGACGUUGCUUGCCAUCAUUUGAAGCCAUUCGUUUGCGAAGACUCCGACGAACUGCUGAACUUUGUCCGCUCCCGCAACCCUGGCAUCCGUCUGUGA